UAUGAACAUUAUGCAACUCAAAUGGGUUGCAUUAUGAAAAAAUCAUUGCAUAAAAUUUUGUAUGGAACUCGUUACAAAACUCGAUUUUUUCAGCACUCUUCGUAUUUAUCCAACUCGGCAAGCCUCGUUGAAUAAAUGUAUGACUCUUGCUGAAAAAAUCUACUUUUUGCAACUCGUUACAUAAAUAACUAUUAGAGCAGUGAAAGUUGCCAAUCAAAGUCAAUAUCAAUAUCCAUACGCAUUUAGUUUAUCAUAACAACUUUAACGUAAUUCACUUAAGAGAUUUAAAAAUGCCAACAUCUGAUGUUAAUCGAAAUGUGGUGAAAAAGUAGUAUAAGACUAUUAUGCGAUCACAAACUUGUACUUCGAAUCAAUGUCAAACCGUCCUCCAAAAUAGUGCAAAAAGUUUUGUCAUCUGUUUUCUGCAUCUGGAAAGAAAUCUAGUGAUGAUGUGAACAUUUGUGAUAAUUUCGCUCUCUACGAAGUAAUAAAACUCAAUUCAACGAAACAUGAUAUUAAUCCAAUAAAUAGAACUUGUUGGCAAGGACGCCGUCUUUAGUUGAAAACACAUCAGCGAUCAUCAGUAAGGCCAGCGAAAUGCAGGAAAAAUUACCCACUGCCUACUGCGAUGGGAACGGCUCACCCACCAACACCGAAACGGACGGAUCCCGGUUGAGUGUGCUGGCCAAACAACCGCUCGAUUUCCUAACGCGCACCGACGAGCGCAACUUUACCGUGACCAACUCGGACAUCGUGUGGACGGUGGUGUCCAUCCUGAGCCGAAUAGUGAGCAUCCUGCUGAACAUAAAUCUGGCGUACGAUUACUAUCGGAAGGGGAAGGUAGAUUACUUCAUCUGGACCACCUGUGGCAUCGUGGUGCCAGGUAUUGUGACCAGUACGCUGACGGUUUACAUGUAUCUGGAGGACAUGAAAGAGCACAAAAAAGUCCGCAAAAGAUGCUGCGAAAUACUGAUCUUCAUCAUUAUCAUCCCGCUGUUCUUCCGCUACUGCCAAUCGUUGGCGUAUGCGAUCCAAAGCAAGAUCGCCGAAGCGCGAAACGAUCGCGAUGCACAGAAAAAGUACUACGAGUUCAUGAUCCAGGAGGACAGUGACGUGGCGCUGGUGCGCAUCUUCGAGUGCCUGCUGGAGGCCGCCCCCCAGAAGAUCCUCCAGUUGACGAUCGUCCUGUCCGGGGAGGAUCGCAUCACUUGGCCCCAGCUGUUGGCUAUUUUCGGCGCGAUCACCGGCAUUGCAUGGUGCAUGGCAUCGUACUAUCGGUGCAUCCGGUUUUCCCAGCCGGACAAACGACACAUGUCCUGGCUGGGGACGAUAUCGCAAAUCCUGUGGCACUUUUUCGUGACCAUGUCGCGAAUCCUGGCGAUCGCCACCGUAGCCAGCAUCUUUCCAAAGUACAUGCUGAUUGCGUGUUUUGUGCACUCGUUCACCAUGACCCUGUGGAUAUUCUUCUUCGAUCGGUCGCCCUUCUGCAGUUCGACUAUGCUGCACAGCUUCCUGUUUUCGCUGGUUCUGGGGGUGGUGUUCAUCUUCACUUACAUCCUGCCAAGAGUGGGUCGGACCUUCUAUCGCUACCUUACGUACUACUGCCUAUGUGCGGUGGAGAACCUCGUAUGUGUCGUGAUCUACAUCUGUUACGUCCAGAAUGUCACCAUUAGAGAAACCUACUACCUUCCGCUGCUGGCCGCGGGUCCAAUUGUGCCGUUUGUGAUCGGGAUUCUGUCCAUGGUGUGCUACUACAAGAACUUCCAUCCCAACAUUAUGUCGCGGAAGCAGCAGGAAGAUGCAUCAUGUAGUGAGAGUGCCGGAGGCAGUUCGACGGCGGGCGAAGAACGGCCACCGCAAGUGGCGAUCAAUGGAACGACAAAGGAGGUUUCCGGCGCAAGCAAGUAAGUGGUGACCCACUCGAGCUCGCGCAAGAUCUUCAUCGGUUGAUGAAUAGGACAAUUUAGUUUAGUUUUACGUAAGUACCAAGCGAUCCGUGUGUUGUGUUUUGUUAUUGAAUUUUCUGUGAAUUAUCUACAAACCGUGAUGAGAAAUAAUCAGACUGAGACCCAGAUGAAAUCACUAUUUUAGGACCCACUAGAUGGUGAAGCUUUAUAGUAUUAUUAUGAGUAAAUGAAAUACAUAUUUGUAUACAUAUCUUUA